UUUUUGUGCAGGAUGUGUUACCAUCUUGUGACAAUACCUGUGACCUUUCUUUCCUCUGUGCCUUUUGGAAGCACAGGGAGGCUGACGGCGGAGUGCUUGACUGCCACCAGAAGGCACAAUGCAGUCUGAGGGCUGAGACAAACAUCUUGUCAGAUAGUAUGCAUGUGGAUUUCUGUAUAGCCCUCUGGAACUGAGGAUGUGAAAGACACAGUGUCUGUUUAGUCACCUGAAUAUUAAGUUUACGGUCUUUUUUCCAGUGUUGUGUAGCCCCUCUCUCCAAAGCCUUUCUCUCUGCUCGCAUCAGUCUUUCCAAGUCAUCCCUUUUGCUGAAAGAGCUGCUUGGGCCUACGUGACGUGCCCUCCCCGUGACGUACGUUAUUGUGGCACUGCUCGGUGCUGUGGUAGUACUUCUCGCUGAAUCCCUGUUUGAGAGAGGGCAUGCAGUACAGUGUAUCGUAAUGCUGUCUCAUUCAAAAUCCAGAUAUAGUUGAGCUGGGCGUUUGGGAAACUGAAGUUAGCGUAGCAGCACAGCAGUAACACUGAGGAGGUCUCCUGUGAUCUCCUCAGGUCACCCUCUCAGCAGCGUAUUUCAUCCUCUCUGAUAACCUUGAAGUGAUUUUCUCAGCAGCUGGUUGAGCGUCGUCCCGGUCAGCAGAGGAGCAGUCUCAUUCUGUAAACUGUGAUCUGUACCCCAGGCUUGCUGCCUCCUGCCAGUGUAAGGAGCACAGAACUGAUCUGUGAUCUGCAUUGUGGCAUGAGAUGCUACACUGAUAAUGUUCACAUUCCCACUUAUUUCAAUUUACUUUCUUUUAUUUAAAUCUUUUUUUUUUUUUUGAAGUUUCAGUAGGAGAUCGCUGCAAAGAUUUGAACAACCUGAAUUUUGUCUUUCCUACCAUCUUCCGUGCCUUUUCUUCUAUAUAUUUUGUAACGACUCUACUGUAUUAUUAUAGCACCUGAUUCUACUGCUGGAUCUGCACAGACAACCAUCAAUAUUCAUGUUUCACCUGAGAAAAUCCACCAGGGAGAACAGUUUAAUGUAUAUGUGGUCUUAACGGCAGGGACAGAACUUCUAGUAACCUCAGAAGAAAACACGCACCACCCCUAAAACUCGUGUUCCAACAAUAUGAAAUCAUUCUUUCCUAAAAGAUGUCCCAAAGUCUUUUUGGAAAAGUGGAAAUUUUAACUCUGAAUUGUAAGAUGACUUUUUUGAAAUGGGAUUUGGCUAGGAAUUGGGAAAUAGGUCUGGUGUACAGAGGCAUAACCCACAAAGUGGAAACCUGUGGUCUUUAACUGAAUUACUUUUCCUUUGAGGGAUUAGACCAUUUUAGUUAGAAAAACAUUUUUAGUAUGGGAAUAAAUGCACUUAUAUCAAAGUAACCCAUUAUAGCUAAAUCUAUGGAGAUUUUGAACGUCUUUCAGAUGUGUCCUAAUUUAUUUUAAUUGAAUGCUUCCCAUGAGUGUUGAAAGACUGGAAAAAAUCAAGCAGUUAAUCUUUCUAUUUUCUGUCGUCUUUAGGAAAGUUAUUAACCUUCAAGUUAGGGACUGUGUCAGUUUUGUAUCACAUGAUGAACGGUAUUGUCAUACUCUGUAGGGACAGAAGGUUUGGAUGAGCAGUCGCCUUGGUCUUGAAUGUCUACAGAGCUGAGGACGUAGUUGUCUGUUCCGCUGGCUUCAAAUACGGAAGAAGUAGUGAAGAGCAACACAGUUGUACGGAGCUGAAAGGAUCCCCAUACGUGACUGAUCUAUGAAAUGGCAGAGAAUGGAACAGAUUGUGACCAGAGACGCAUAGGUAUGAUCAAAGAACAGCACAAUGGAAACUUUACAGAUUCCUCUUUGCUGAGUGAACGGAAGCGAAGGGACCGAGAAGAGAGGUUGAAUAUUGUACUAUGGAGAAAACCGCUUGUUACCUUGCAGUAUUUUUUCCUGGAAACUCUAAUAAACUUGAAGGAAUGGACCAUAAAAUUGUGGCAUCGGCGAAGUAUCUUGGUGUCUUUUUUACUGACGCUUGCAGUGCUUACAGCUACGUAUUACAUUGAAGGAACGCAUCAACAGUAUGUGCGGUAUAUGGAGAAAAAGUUCUUCUGGUGUGCCUACUGGGUAGGAUUAGGCAUUCUGUCCUCUGUUGGACUUGGAACAGGUCUCCACACCUUUCUGCUCUAUUUGGGUCCACACAUAGCAUCAGUUACUCUUGCUGCAUAUGAAUGUAACUCAGUUAAUUUUCCUGAGCCUCCUUACCCGGAUCAAAUUAUCUGCCCUGAUGAGGAGGCGACUGAAGGAUCCAUCUCUCUGUGGGCUAUCAUCUCAAAAGUCAGGCUGGAGGCCUGCAUGUGGGGUGCUGGCACAGCCAUUGGAGAGCUGCCUCCAUACUUUAUGGCGAGGGCGGCCCGACUCUCUGGUGCUGAACCUGAUGAUGAAGAGUACCAGGAAUUUGAGGAGAUGCUGGAACAUGCAGAGACUGCACAAGAUUUUGCUUCCCGGGCUAAACUGGCUGUCCAGAACCUGGUGCAGAAGGUUGGGUUCUUCGGCAUUUUGGCCUGCGCUUCGAUUCCAAACCCUCUGUUUGACCUGGCCGGGAUAACAUGCGGACACUUUCUGGUUCCCUUCUGGACCUUCUUUGGUGCAACCUUGAUUGGGAAAGCAGUAAUUAAAAUGCACAUCCAGAAACUUUUCGUUAUUAUAACAUUCAGCAAACAUAUAGUGGAGCAGAUGGUGUCCCUAAUUGGUGCUAUUCCAAGUAUAGGUACUUCUCUUCAGAAGCCAUUUCAAGAAUAUUUGGAAGCUCAGAGGAUAAAACUUCACCACAAGCCUGACAGUGGCGUGCCACAGGGGGAAAACUGGCUAUCGUGGAUGUUUGAAAAAUUGGUGAUUGUCAUGGUUUGUUAUUUUAUCUUAUCUAUAAUCAACUCCAUGGCCCAGAGCUACGCUAAACGACUGCAACAGAAGAUGUACUCUGAAGAAAAAACCAAAUGAGCUUGGAAAAAACCCCUUGGAAUGGGUUUUAGCAGACAAAAAAUGACACAUCUUUCCAUAUGUUUAAAAAUCAGCAUUACUCAAAAUGGGGGAAAACUUUUUAACAUCCAUUUUCAACUAUAACAAGUUUUUAUUUAAUUUUGAAAGUAAUUUGGAUAUUAGAGCAGACGUUUCAUUGACAAACUUAUAAAUGUUAAGGUAAGGUAAAAAUGCUUUACGUGUCUGAGUUGUAUUAUAUGGGAUGGACAAUGUGAUGUUAAAUGGAGUUUAACACAAAUGUUGUCCAUCCAAAUUACUUCCAAACCCGAUGAUUUAAUACUCUCCACGUCCUGAUUUAACUUCAGACUGACCUAAGGGUAACUUCUUAUUUUGAAGGGUGGCUGGUUUGCUUUUUCCAUAACUUUCAGGACCAUUAAAAUGUACAUAAAUGAAUACGGAUUGGAUACAAACUGUUGCAUGUCCCUCAUGGUAAGGCUGUUCCAUCUGGAUUCCCCAGUGUCCCAUUGCAUUGCACGUGCUCUCGGUUGGGAAAGCCACCCUCUUAACUUUGGUGAUGUUAGCAGAGAAGAUCCAUGUCAAAAUGCCGAAGCUGACAUUUUUU